CUCGAGGCAGCGCCUUGCAUUUGCCCUCACCUCUCUCAUCUUCAACAACCAUCCCAAUACCAUGUCGAACAAAGAUUACUACAGUGGUGGCCAGCCGCAGGGCCAGUAUUACCCGCCGCAAGGACCACCUCCCGGGCAAGGCGGAUACUACCCGCAGCAGCCCCAGCAAGCAUACCAGGGAGGAGGCUACGGUGGCCAGCCCGGGUACGGAGGGUACCAGCCUCAGCCACCUCCGCAGACUGUAUACGUGCAACAACCGGCGCAGGACAAAGGUGGAGCUGGAGGAUGCACGGCCUGCUUAGCCGGAAUGUGCUUGUGUUGUUGUGCUGAGGAGGUUUGCGACUGUCUAUUCUGAUCAUUCCUUCCCUGGUGGAGACGACACGAGUCUGCCUGCUGUUGCUACCUAUUCCCGAGAUGUAUAUCUGUUCUCAUUCACGGACACGCCUGCACGAUCUUGGAGAAUCUUAGGAUGCCCAAAUGUACUAGACACUUAUGGCUAAUUAUGUCUUUUCCUCUGAA